AUGGGUUAUACUGCAAAGCAUUACAGGAGCUUGCAGUUAGAUGCAGGAAUAAAGCGGGGUUUACGUUUUGGAGGGAAUAAUGACCAUGGGAAUGACAACGGCAAUGGCAGAGGCAACGGCAACGGCAAAGGACACGACCAUAGUAACGGCAACGGCAAUAGUAACGGCAAUAGUAACGGCAAAGGCAACGGUAAUGGCAACGGCCAUCGCAACGGAAACGGUAAUAGCAAAGGUGAUAGCAACAGCAAAAGUGAUAGCAACAGCAAAGGCUACGGGAACGGGAACGGCAACGGCAAAAGCAACAGUAAUAGUAAUAGCAACGGCAAUGGCAACAGCAAUGGAAACAGCAAAGGAAACACCAAUGGAAACACCAAUGGAAACACCAAUGGAAACACCAAUGGAAACACCAAUGGAAACACCAAUGGAAACACCAAUGGAAACACCAAUGGAAACACCAAUGGCAACGGCAACAUCAAUACAGAUAAAAUUAUCCCCAGUCCGGAAGGUGGAAAUGGAAAUGGCCCGUCAAUCACGCCGCCAGGGCAGGUCAAGCAGGCGACAAUAUCGGCAAUUGUCCCACCCUCCCAGACUUCGAUCAUAGCACCUGAAUCUUCCUCUCCGGUAGCAACUCCAAAAUCAUCGCUGCCGGAUACCAUCUCAACAGCAAGCCUUAUCCCUCCUCAAGAUAGUGACUCGGGAAGACCAGAAAUAACAACAGACACACUAUCUUCUUCUAUCUCAACAGCACAGGCCAUAACCGCAACUACAGAUACGCCAGCCUCAAUUUCCAGAAACACGAUCGUUGCACAAGCUUUGGAGGAUACCAAGGCCUCAUCAACAGGCCACAAUGUUAUGCCUUUACAGCCUGUGUCGACACCACAGACAUCCCCGUCCAAAACAUUUUCCACCCAUACUGUGCCAACAACUCUACCGCCGUCUAGCACUCAUAGUGCCACUCACAGUACCUCACAAGUCAAUAGGAUAGGCAUUGCAGUCGGGAUAACAGUUGGGAUAGUCGCUCUAAUAGCCAUCAUCCUUAUUUUCCUUCGAUAUCGCCAUUCCCGAAUACUCACAGCUGUUACUCGCCCAAAAGAUAAAUUUUACCACCCACGAGCAGCGGAUUCUAUAAACGACCCCCCCUUUAGGGCGAUUGCAGAGAACUCGAGUGACGGUGCCGCCUAUAGGGCCAUCCCUGAGCCGUACCGGGACUCCGACAUGGCUUUUGCAUACUGUGAAGCGCCCCCCAUGGCAGAACCACCAUCAAUACUUCACCGGUCAAUGGCUGGACAUUCUGAUAGACAGAAGACUCCUUUCGGUGGGGAUUUUGCACCCAUUCUGCCCAGGCGUCCCGUAGUUCAACUCCGCCCGCCUCCGCAAGUCCAAUCCUUUCCUAUAAUCUCGACCACAACGGAGUAUAUCGCUAGGCUACAUGCCCCCCUCCUUGCAAAAAAGGCCAGUCAACCGAAAGGCGAAGCAUUAUCGGCACAUCGACACACAAUGUCCCUAGCCUCUAGCAUAAGUCCAGCGUCACCGAUCACGCAUGCUACUCCAGCCCUAGCUCAAGCAGCUCAACCAACUGAAGAGUCAUCAAACAACAAAACGGAGGCCCGCCGCUCCAGCGAUGGCCGCAGCAAUGGGUCGGGCUGGUCUGAGUGGUUCGACACCGGCGAUGAUGGGCAGCCCGAGAUGGUCAAGGACAACCGCCGAUACAGCAAGAGCAACACAAGUGCGGUAAGCAUCGCCAGCAGCGGCGUACUUUCGCCAUCUCUGUUGUCCUGGCCAUCUUCACGAACGGAUCCAACGGCAUCGAUAUCUAGAGAUUCGCAGAAUUACCCUUAUGUCCACAAAAACAGCGAGCCGAUCAGGACGAUGGAUCAGUCGCGCAAGGCCCUAACUUAA